AUGAUCAAACGAACCUUAAGGACAACCUUACUUGUUAAAUGUUGGAAGGCAAGCUUUCCGAGUCAUGAUCCGACAGCUCAAUUCAUGUGUUUUAAUUCAUCGAAACAAAUCAUACAACUAUUUUACCAAAGAUUGAGCAAGGAUCCUGACUCGACUAGUAAUAUUCUUCAAACACGAAGUUUUUAUUCCAGUCUUGCCCAAUCAUUGAAACAUAAACCGACAAAGAAAACGAAGAAGAACAUUCCCAAGAAGGAUCCCAUUGCUGCCAACCUCAAAGAACAAUAUAAUGCAUUUGCAGACUUUAUUGAUCAAUUCGUUAACGUUCUCAAACUCAGCGAAGAGGCGAUGAAGUUGCAUCCGAGCGAAAGAGCGAAUGGUGUUGUCGCAGCACAUGCCACCAUUUCAAAAGGCAAUUGCACCUACAUUUCAAAACAAGAAUUGAAACAAAUACUGCAGAAUCAAGAGGCAGGAAAGGAUUUUGUUCUCAUGGAUGUAAGGGAGCCCUAUGAAUUUGCACAAGAACCGUCUGCAGUGGAACCGAAUGGGGAAAGCUUUCCUCCUAUACAUCCAAACGCCAUUAAUAUUCCUCUAAUGAGCAUUGAGCACAUAUUCCUAUAUACUUCUCGUGACACAUUCUUGAAACAAUACGGAUUUGAGAAGCCUCCUCGGAAGAAAGCCUCUCUCAACCAGUACAAGAGACCCUUAUUCAUCUUGUAUGGUAUAACAAAUAUGAGAUCCGAAUAUGCAGCUGAAAUUUUGAAGGAAUUGGGGUUCAAUAAUGUGGUCGUUUACGCUGUGGGUUGCAUGAUUGGUGGAAGAAUAAUGACAAUCAUUAGCUUCAGAGAUGUCUGUCACUUCAUGCGUGAGUGA